AUUAUAUAAAUUUGAAACAAGAAACCCCCUUCACAUAUAUGUCCUUGGCCUCCAAAAGAUAUCCUUAAAAUUCUCCCAGCCAUUCUCAUUCAUAACAUGUCUUCUGAAAUGAGAUAAAAAAAAACAUUCAUUUCCAUUGAGCACUUCCAAGGCAUUGCAGUGAUGGCAAGAAUUCUUGGAAUUUUUGCCAUCACCUGCAUGAUAUCUCUGAUUGCCCAGACAUCUUCUUCUCCCUUAGGAGACCUUCUUUUCAACCCAUUUUCUCCUCCCCAACGCGAGGGAGGCGACAAUGGAGGCGGAGUGCAAGUAGGGUUCUACAACCAGAUUUGCCCAAGGGCAGAGGAAAUUGUCAAAGAUGUCAUGUUUAAUGCAUUCCAGAAUGACUCUGGCCUCGCCGCCGCCAUGGUUCGCCUCCAAAGUCAUGACUGCCUCGUCAAUGGGUGUGACGGAUCUGUUCUGCUAGACCAGGCGGACGGGGGAGGCCGGGUGGAGAAACAAGCUCCGGCGAACGGAAAGACCGUACGGGGGUUCGAUCUGAUCGACAGUGCGAAGGAGGCGGUGGAGAAAGAAUGCCCCGGCGUCGUAUCGUGCGCCGACAUACUCGCAUUCUUGUCCCGCGACGCCCUUGUUCUGUCCGGGCUGCCGGGGUUUGACGUCCCCGGCGGGCGGCGCGACGGCAGGACGUCCCGGGAAGAGGACGUCGUGAAAUACAUCGCCUCCCCCAACAACACCGUGGAUCAGCUGGUGCGUUUGUUUGAGACCAAAGGGCUCGAUGUACAGGAUAUGGUGGCGCUAUUGGGUGCGCAUUCCAUUGGCGUUGCUCAUUGCUCUAAUUUCAGGCAUUUCUAUGUCCAUUCUAUUAAUAUUUUCAUCGAAGGAGUUAUUAAUUUGUCAUUGAAUUGGUACUCACAAGUUAGGCUUGUUCAUCGAUCCCAGACCAGAUCAAAUCCAACCCGACCGGACUCAAGAUCGAAUUGCGCAAAACCAUGGAUCAAAGAUUGGACCUAAACCAAUUCAGUUUUUUAUCAAACCGGACUAUAGACUGAAAUACUGAAGACCAAACCGGUCCAAACUCAUUGACCAGUCGGACCGAAUAAAAAAAUACUUUGUUG